CUGCUGCGGAGCCUCCUGGCGCGGACGCUGGGCCUGGGCUCGGAGCCGGCGGAGCGGGUGCUGGACGAGCUGUCGCUGCCCGGCGUCGCCCGGUUCGUGCGGAGCGGGCGGUGCCGCCGCGUGGUGUGCAUGGUGGGCGCCGGCAUCUCCACGGCCGCCGGGAUCCCCGAUUUCCGCUCGCCCGGCACCGGGCUCUACGCCAACCUGGCGCGCUACGAGCUGCCCUACCCCGAGGCCAUCUUCGACAUCGCCUACUUCAAGGAACACCCGGAGCCUUUCUUCGCCCUGGCCAAGGAGCUGCUUCCAGGGCAGCUCAAGCCCACCGUCUGCCACUACUUCAUGCGCCUGCUGAAGGAGAAGGGGCUGCUGCUGCGCUGCUACACCCAGAACAUCGACACCCUGGAGCGGGUGGCGGGGCUGGAGCCCGAGGAGCUGGUGGAGGCGCACGGCACCUUCUUCACCUCCCACUGCACGCGGGCCUCCUGCCGCCAGCCCUACGGCCUGCACUGGAUGAAGGAGCACAUCCUCUCGUCCCUCGUCCCCAAGUGCGAGAAGUGCCAGAGUGUGGUGAAGCCAGACAUCGUGUUUUUUGGCGAGAGCCUCCCCUCGCGCUUCUUCACGCUGUUGCAGUCGGACUUCCAGAAGGUCGACCUGCUCCUCAUCAUGGGCACCUCGCUGCAGGUCCAGCCCUUCGCCUCCCUCGUCAGCAGGGUCCCCGCCAGCACCCCCCGGGUCCUCAUCAACAAGGAGAAGACGGGGCAGAGCGACCCCUUCAUGUCCCUGAUGGGUUUUGGCUGCGGGAUGGACUUCGACUCGGACAAAGCCUACAGGGACGUGGCCUGGCUGGGGGACUGCGACCAAGGCUGCCUGGAGCUGGCAGAGCUGCUGGGCUGGAAGGAGGAGCUGCAGGAGCUGGUGAGGAAGGAGCACGCCGCCAUCGAUGCCAAGGCCCGGGGGGGCGACAAAAAGGCCCCGGGGGGCAACGGCGAGGAUGGGGGGGGCGGGCAAAAAGGGGUCCCGCCGUAG